UCCCGUUUCACGGUGGGUAGCACCGCAGCGUGGAUGCUGCUCGGUCCCGCGGCGGCCGGAGGAGCUUAAGCAGCCGGGAGGGGCGGGCGGGGGAGCGCCUCGAAGAGCCGCUCCCACCGCCCACCCCGACCGCGGCCCGAGCAGCCCGGGCGUCGCGACCGAAUCCCGUAGCCCCGGCAGCGGACAAAGGGCCAUGCGAGGCUGCAGGCGCUGAGCGCAGCAGGGUGGGCCGGGGGAUGUGGGGCGGGGCAGGCGGGGCCGGGGGGCCGCAGCGACGCCUCUGAGUGUGGCGUCGCGAUGCCGUGGUUCCCGGUGAAGAAGGUCCGCAAGCAGAUGAAGCUGCUGCUGCUGUUGCUGCUGCUCACCUGCGCCGCGUGGCUCACGUACGUGCACCGGAGCCUGGUGCGCCCGGGCCGCGCGCUGCGCCAGCGGCUGGGCUACGGGCGAGAUAGUGAGAAGCUGACUGGUGUGACAGACAGCAGGGGUGUCCGAGUGGUAUCGUCCACGCAGAGGGCAGAGGACUCCAGUGAAAGUCAUGAAGAGGAGCAGGUGUCUGAGGGGCGGGUUCCAAACAUGCUGUUUCCUGGAGGAGCUAGGAAGCCACCACCACUGAACCUCACUCACCAGACACCUCCGUGGCGGGAAGAGUUCAAGGGACAGGUGAACCUGCACGUAUUUGAGGACUGGUGUGGGGGUGCUGUGGGCCACCUGAGAAGGAACCUGCACUUCCCGCUCUUUCCUCAUACUCGCACCACUGUGACAAAGUUAGCCGUGUCCCCUAAGUGGAAGAACUAUGGACUCCGGAUUUUUGGCUUCAUCCACCCAGCCAGAGAUGGAGACAUCCAGUUCUCUGUGGCUUCGGAUGACAACUCUGAGUUCUGGCUGAGCUUGGACGAGAGCCCAGCAGCUGCCCAGCUUGUAGCCUUUGUGGGCAAGACUGGCUCUGAGUGGACAGCACCUGGAGAAUUCACCAAGUUCAGUUCCCAGGUGUCUAAGCCGCGGCGGCUCAUGGCCUCCCGGAGAUACUACUUCGAACUGCUUCACAAGCAAGACGACAAGGGCUCAGACCAUGUGGAAGUGGGUUGGCGAGCUUUCCUGCCUGGUCUGAAGUUCGAGAUCAUUGGCUCUGCUCACAUUUCCCUGUACACAGAUGAGUCAUCUCUGAAGAUGGACCAUGUGACCCAUGUGCCUCAGUCUCCCGCCAGCUAUGUCGGGGGAUACCCAGCACACGAGGAACCCAGUGCCGACAUGCUGCGGCCAGAUCCCAGGGACACCUUCUUCCUCACCCCUCGGAUGGAACCCCUGAGCCUGGAGAAUGUGCUGGAGCCCUGUGCCUAUGCGCCUACCUAUGUCCUCAAGGAUUUUCCCAUAGCCAGAUACCAAGGACUACAGUUUGUGUACCUGUCCUUCAUCUAUCCCAAUGACCACACCCGUCUCACUCACAUGGAGACAGAGAACAAAUGCUUCUACCGCGAGUCCCCACUAUACCUGGAAAGGUUUGGGUUCUAUAAAUACAUGAAGAUGGACAAGGAGGAAGACGAGGAGGAGGAAGUUCAGCGUAGAGCCUUCCUCUUCCUCAACCCAGAUGACUUCCUGGAUGAUGAGGAUGAGCAGGAACUGUUAGACAGUCUGGAGCCCUCGGAUGCAUCCCUACGGCAGAGCCACAGGACCCCCACCCCAACAGCCUCCACUGGGACUACAGCCACCCCUACCCCACCUACAACCAGUCCUCUGGAUGAGCAGACCCCCAGACACUCCCGGGCCCUAAACUGGGCCCCACGUCCCCUGCCCCUCUUCUUGGGGAGAGCUCCACCUCCCCGAACUGUGGAGAAGUCUCCCUCAAAGGUGUAUGUGACCAGGGUGCGACCUGGGCAGCGGGCUUCCCCAAAGGCACUGAGAGACUCACCCUGGCCGCCCUUCCCUGGCGUCUUCCUACGUCCCAAACCUCUGCCCAGAGUGCAGCUGCGGAUGCCCCCACAUCCACCGCGGACCCAGGGCUAUAGGACCAGUGGCCCCAAGAUCACAGAACUAAAGCCCCCAGUCAGGGCACAGACCACCCAGGAGGGCAAGUUGCAUGGACAGGGACUCAUGGUGCCCACGGUGGACUUGAACUCCUCAGUGGAAACACAGCCUGUGACCUCCUUCCUGAGCUUGUCUCAGGUGUCCAGGCCACAGCUGCCUGGAGAGGGUGAAGAAGGGGAGGAUGACGGGGCCCCUGGUGAUGAGGCCACAUCAGAAGAUAGUGAGGAAGAGGAGGAGCAGGCCGCUGGGCGGCCGCUGGGCCGCUGGCGGGAGGACGCCAUUGACUGGCAGCGCACAUUCAGCGUGGGUGCCAUGGACUUUGAGCUGCUGCGCUCUGACUGGAAUGACCUGCGAUGCAACGUAUCUGGGAACCUGCAGCUUCCUGAGGCUGAGGCGGUGGAUGUGGUGGCUCAGUACAUGGAGCGACUUAAUGCACGCCAUGGCGGGCGCUUCUCGCUUCUGCGCAUCGUGAACGUGGAGAAGCGCCGCGACUCUGCACGUGGAAGCCGCUUCCUCCUGGAGUUGGAAUUGCAAGAGCGCGGAGGCGGCCGCCAGCGCCUGUCAGAAUAUGUCUUCCUGCGAUUGCCUGGAGCGCGCAUCGGGGACGAGGAUGGAGAGAGUCCCGAGCCCCCUCCUGCCCCCUCCAUCCGCUCAGACAGUCGCCCAGAGCUCUGCCGGCCCUUGCAUCUGGCCUGGCGUCAGGAUGUCAUGGUUCACUUUAUUGUGCCAGUGAAGAAUCAGGCUCGCUGGGUAGUGCAGUUCCUGGCAGAUAUGACAGCGCUGCAUGUGCAUACGGGAGACUCGCACUUCAACAUCAUCUUAGUGGACUUUGAGAGCGAGGACAUGGAUGUGGAAAGGGCCUUGCGUGCGGCUCAGCUACCUCGGUACCAGUACCUGAGACGAACUGGAAACUUCGAACGCUCUGCAGGCCUGCAAACCGGAGUGGAUGCAGUAGAGGACCCCAGCAGCAUCGUUUUCCUCUGUGACCUGCACAUCCACUUCCCACCUAACAUCCUGGACAGCAUCCGCAAGCACUGUGUGGAGGGCAAGCUGGCCUUCGCCCCUGUGGUCAUGCGUCUGGGCUGUGGGAGUUCACCGUGGAACCCACAUGGUUACUGGGAAGUGAAUGGAUUUGGCCUGUUUGGGAUCUAUAAGUCAGACUUCGACAGAGUAGGAGGCAUGAACACUGAGGAGUUCCGUGACCGGUGGGGAGGCGAGGACUGGGAACUUCUGGACAGGGUCCUGCAGGCAGGGCUGGAGGUGGAGAGGCUUCGGCUGCGGCACUUUUACCACCACUACCACUCGAAGCGGGGCAUGUGGGCCACGCGCAGCCGCAAAGGUGCCCGCACACAGCGAUCCUGAAGACCUGGCAGCUCUCGGUGCCACUGGGUUUUGAGGCAGCAGCUAGAAGCUGCACCCUGAGCCUGAUUCAGGCUCUGCUACCGCCUGUGCUGGCCCCAGCAAGCCUCCUCUGUGACUCCAGAUAGGCAGCCCUCAUGGCAGGGCUGGUACCUUGGUCCCCACGCUCCCUGAUGAUUUCUGUGAAAUUUUUCCGUAGCAAUGACAUUGUUUUCAGAAUUUACAAGAGUUCUGUCUGUUCUGUUUUUUAUUCAGAAUGAAAUGAAAUAUUUUUUUUAGUUCUGA